AGAUGUACUGUGCAUGUGCAUGUGUGAGGAUGCUAAUUGCCUACCUGUGUUUGAGCAGCAGUGUGUAUGGAUUUACGCAGGUCUGCGUGCGUCACUCUGAUCACCUGUGCACUGGAAACCUCUGAGUGGUCUUUCAUUUCAGGGCCCCUCCAUUUCACAUUCCCUUUUGUUUCACAACCGAACGCGGCUCAGAUUAUCAUCUCCGUUGCCACGGCAUUGGAGUCGUCGCUGUGGAGACACUGCGGCCAAACCCUAAACAGCAGGUGUGUCCGGGGCAAGUGAGCACAUCGCAUUCUCUUUGCGCCGCGAGUUCCCCUGUCAGUCAGUCUCAGCGUCCCCCUCAUCCCGCCAUCCCGCCAUCCCGCGUGAAGCUGCGCAACGAUGCCGCGAAGGAAAAGUGAAAUCGAAAUACGAAUGGAAGAGGUUGGAAUGGAAAUUGAUGGACAGGUGGAGAGCGAGGAUGAAGAGGAACCUGAAAGAAGAGUGAGGCCAAACAGGAGGCAGCAGAGAGCCUCUCCGGCGGCGGGCAGGAACAAUAAACCCGCGGGACGCAGGGGCAGGAGGGACCAGAGCGAGGAGGAGGAGGAGGAGGAAGAGGACCCGCCAAGGAGGAGAAAAGUUAGCAGGAAGAAAUCCGCCAAGGCGCAGGACAGCGAGGAGGAUGAGGAGGAGGAUGAGGACCCGCCAAGGAGGAGAAAAGUUAGCAGGAAGAAAUCCGCCAAGGCGCAGGACAGCGAGGAGGAUGAGGAGAGUGAGGGCGAGCAGCGAAACAGGAGGAAGGGCAAGAAAGGGACCGGCAAGAAGAAGAAGGGGGCGCAGGACAGCGAAGACGACAGCGAGGAAGAGGAGAAACCAAAGAAGGGGAGGAACGCCAAAGGAGGCAGCAAGAGAGAGAAGGAGGAGCAGAACAAGAGGGAGAAGACGGGACAGGGGGACGCCAAGGGGAAGGGGAAGGACAGAGGGAACGAGAAAGAUAAGAAAAAGAAAAACGAUCUCAGCAGCUCCUCCGACUCGGACGGGGAGUCGGACGAGGAGGAGUCGCUGUCGGAGGGGGAGAUGGCGCGGCUGAAGGAGGAGGUGGAGGAGAAGAAGAAGCUCAUCUCCAACAUGAGGAACAAGCCCUGGCGCAUGAAGAGGAGGCUCAAGUGCUUAAAAGAAGCUCAGCAGUUUGUGGAGAAGUUUGAAGGGGCUUUGGGAAAAGGAAAAGGGAGGAAGCUCUACGCCUACAAAGUGAUGAUGACAAAGAAAUGGAUCAAGUUCAACAGAGAUUUUGAAAAUUUUAAGACGGCAUGCAUUCCCUGGGAAAGAAAAAUCAAAGAAGUUGAAAGCCAUUUUGGCUCCUCUGUUGCCUCCUACUUCCUGUUCCUCCGGUGGAUGUACGGGAUGAACUUAGUCCUCUUCGGCUUCAUGUUUGGCCUGGUGGUGAUCCCUGAGUUGUUGAUGGGGCUUCCACACGGAACCAUUCCCAGGAAGACGGUGCCCAGGGAAGAGCAGGCCAGAGCCAUGGACUUCUCUGUCCUCUUAGAUUUUGGUGGUUAUUGCAAGUAUUCUGUUCUGUUUUACGGUUUCUAUAACGACCAGAGAACGAUCGGCUUCCUGAAGUUCCGGCUCCCUCUGUCCUACCUGCUGGUGGGAGUCGGGUCCUUUGGAUACAGCCUCAUGGUUGUGAUCAGAACCAUGGCUAAGAACUCAAACGAGGGGGGCGACGGAGGGGAGGACAGCGCCUUCACCUUCGCCUGGAAGCUCUUCACCAGCUGGGAUUACCUCAUCGGCAACGCCGAGACGGCCGACAACAAGUUCGCCUCCAUCACCACCAGCUUCAAGGAAUCUAUUGUGGACGAACAAGAGAACCAGAAGGAUGAAAAUAUCCAUCUACGGAGGUUCCUGCGUGUUCUGGCCAAUGUCCUGAUCAUCUGUAGCCUGGGAGGAAGUGGCUACCUCAUCUACUAUGUGGUGAAAAGGUCACAGGAGUUCGCCGACAUGGAUGCGGAUCAGCUGACCUGGUUACAGAAGAACGAGGUUGAGUUUGUGAUGUCACUGCUGGGGCUGGUGUGCCCGCCCCUUUUCGAGACGAUCGCUGAGCUGGAGGAGUACCAUCCCCGCAUCGCCCUCAAGUGGCAGCUGGCGCGCAUUUUCGCCCUCUUCCUGGGAAACCUCUACACCUUCCUCUUCGCCCUUUUCGACGAAGUGAACGCCAAGCUGGAGAAGGAGAAGUCGAUCAAAAACGCCACCGUCUGGGCACUGAACGAGUACUACGCCAAUUACUCGCUGCACUACAACACCACGGACGUCCCGCCGCCCGACAUCGACCCUGCCGACGUCAUCCGCGGGCCGUGCUGGGAGACCGCCGUUGGCAUAGAAUUCGUGAAGCUGACCGUUUCUGACAUCCAGGUGACGUACCUGACCAUCCUGAUCGGGGACUUCCUGCGGGCCCUGAUUGUGCGCUUCCUGAACUACUGCUGGUGCUGGGACUUGGAGGCCGGAUUCCCAUCGUAUGGAGAGUUUGAUAUCAGUGGCAAUGUACUUGGACUCAUCUUCAACCAAGGGAUGAUUUGGAUGGGAGCGUUCUACGCCCCGGGAUUGGUGGGGAUCAACGUGCUCCGCCUUCUGACGUCCAUGUACUACCAGUGCUGGGCAGUGAUGACGUGUAAUGUCCCGCACGAGCGGGUCUUCAAGGCCUCCCGCUCCAACAACUUCUACAUGGGUCUGCUGCUGCUGGUGCUGUUCCUCAGCCUUCUGCCUGUGGUCUACACCAUCAUGACCCUGUCCCCCUCCUUCGACUGCGGCCCCUUCAGUGGGAGGCAGAAGAUGUAUGAUGUCAUAAUGGAGACCAUAGAGAGGGACCUCCCGGCAUUUAUGGGGACUCUGUUCAGCUAUGCAUCUAACCCUGGACUUAUCAUACCAGCAGUGCUGCUCAUGGUCUUGGCCAUUUACUACCUGAAUUCGGUGUCAAAGGCUUAUCAGAAUGCUAAUGCCGAACUGAAGAAGAAGAUGCAGAUGCAAAGAGACGAGGAGAAGAACAGGAGGAACAACAAGGACAGCACCAAUCAGGUCAUGAAGGAUUUGGAGGACCUGCUCCCCAACAGGUCCCUCAUGCCCCCACCCGUCUCUGAGGAACUUGAAGAUAAUGCAGUCGAGCAGGGGGCCAAGUCCAAGUCCCCUAAGGUAUCCGGGAAACCAGGGGCAGCAUCCAAUGGGAAAGGAGGGGUCAACCUACAGAAGGACGUUUCGCUGGCUGCAUCCAAUCCCCGCGUGCCCGUGACCCGCCCCCCUGGGCCCCGGGACCCUGGACACCUCCCGGGACACCCUCGCAUGCAGGGGCCCCCUCCCGGACGAGGAAGGGGGAGGGGACAGCCCCCUAGACGUUAGCAGAAGCACACACGCUCUCUCGCCAAGUCUUGGUCUCCCUCUAGUGUUUCUGCUUCAUCUGGCUUAUGGGGACUCUCAGGGUCUAGAGAGACACAAAGGCUUCAAAAACUGAAGAAUGCCUCGGAAAGCACCCUGAAACUUAAAUGCAGUUACAGUGACCCAGCUUCCUGUAUUUUCUUGUGACAACUGUCAGUGAGGUCAGGUGGGAACUGUAACUACAACAUCAGAACAUGCAAAGCAUUCAUACCUAAUAACAGUAAUGACAGUAAGCUGUCCAUAGUAUGAAUUAGCACUGCUGGAUUGUGAUGAUGGAGCAGUGGAUGGGGUGUGAUGAUCUUGCCAAUAGUUGUGUGAAUGAGAGGGAACAACCAGAGGGAACACAUUUAUUUUGGGGAAUCUGAUUGGUCAGAUAAUUAUCCAAACCAUGACAGAACUGAGAUGUAAAUUUGAAUCCAUGGUUUAUAUUGUGAUCCCAUCACAUGCUGUAUAAAUCUGUACAAAUCAUUCUUGAAGGCAGCACUGUUGUUAUUAAUUUUUAUUGGUGUUAAUCUCCACU